AUGACUGACUACCUCCCCGUUCCCAACCCAACAAAGUCGUUCUGGCUAACAGCUGAAGUAGACUUUCAUGAUCAUAGAUCAACUGCAGAGCUUCCUCCCGAAGCUGACAUCGUGAUCGUUGGUUCUGGAUAUGCAGGUACCACAACCGCACAUUUCUUGAUGAAAGAGGGAUUUGACGGCACCAUUGUAAUGCUAGAAGCUCGGGAUGUCUGUAGCGGAGCUACUGCACGCAAUGGUGGACAUCUGAAGCCCAGCCUCUACUACUCGCAAAAGUCCUGGACUAAGAAGUUUGGAGAGAAAGGUGCCGCAGAGAUCGCUAACUUUGAGUUCGCUCACUUGGCUGCAAUGAAAGAGCUUAUCGAGAAGGAGAACAUUGACUGUGAUUUUGUGCUUGGCCGGUCCUGUGACGUUCAUUUGACCCCCUCUGCUGUUAAUGCUGCUCUGGAAAAUUACCAACAGUUUGCAAAAAAUCCCUACGUUACCUGCAAACAAGACGUUCAAUUACACGUUGGAGAAAACGCAAAAACUAUCAGUCACGUUCUGGACUCUGAGGUAUGUGUCACUUUCACUGCAGGUCAACUUUGGCCAUACAAGCUUGUGACUUCAUUGCUUAGAAAAUGUAUGCAGCAAGGACUCAAUCUGCAAACUAAUACACCUGUUCUUGAGAUUCAAGGGUUCGAUAAUAAAUGGCUAGUGAAAACUACUAGAGGAACGAUUUUGGCUCGAAAGCUGGUUAUUGCCACUAAUGCGUACACCGCUUCGGUGGAACCAAAAUUUAUGAACAAGAUCGUUCCUAUCAAGGGCAUCUGUAGCCACAUCACUCCUAAGGUUCGGCCCUCCCAUCUCUCUCAUACAUAUGGUAUUAGAUAUGAUGGUGCAGAUCAGGACUAUCUGAUCAACCGUGCGGAUGGAACUGUUGUUGUUGGUGGCGCUAAAAAACAUAUAUUCCCUUUCAAGAACGUUUUCUACAACGUCGUCGAUGAUAGUACUCUGAUCUCCGGAACUAAAGAGUAUUUUGACAACUAUAUGAAACUUUUCCACGAUUGGAAGUUUAUUGACACGGACACCGAUCACGUCUGGAGUGGCAUUCUUGGUUACACUGACGAUUCUUUCCCAUAUGUUGGUGAGAUGCCGCACGAGUCCAACAAGUUCAUUAUUGCGGGGUUCCAUGGUCACGGUAUGCCGCGUGUCUUACUAUCGGCUAAAGCUUUAGCCGGUAAUAUCAUGGGAAAGAAAUUGGAAGUCCCCGAGGCUUUCAAGAUUUCUCAGGAGCGAAUGACCAGGACGAGAAAUGAGAUUCUGGCCUCCUUGGGCACUCCAGUGGCUAAGCUCUAA